AUGCACGCCUAUAUAAGCCCACCCAUCCGUUCAAUACUCAAAAAAUGCGCUCUCUCUCAUCUUCAAAUCCUCGUCAUUUUCUGUAUUCUCUCCGGAGCCGUCAACGCCAACAUUUUCGGUGACAUCCUGGAUACAAUCGGAGGAUGGUGGGAUGCUUAUGGGGAGCACACUUGCGCCAAUAUGAAGUUUUUACGAUCCGAGAACUACACAGCUGAAUAUAAUCCACAGGUAUAUGGAGGUUUCUUCUUUGGACUCUUUUCCUGCGACAAAUACGACGAUGCCACCGAGACGCCGGCAACAACGACUCCAGACUACGACAAUUGGUAUUUUGAGAGCUGGAAGAAACUUGGAUUCACUAUAAGACAGACUGUCGAAAAGAUCGUUUAUAAGUUGAGAAGAAUGUGA